GCGAGAACCAGUCGAGUUCUGUCCAACCCGUGAGUUCAACUGAUCUGGCCUAUGCUUGUCAGCCUGUGUAGGACAGACUGAAGGCGGGACGUGGUACAAGACCUCCACGCUCGAUUGCGCAACCAUCGGCUGUGCUUCUGACCUGACGUCUCUCGCGGAUUUCUGCGCAUGCUCGUCGAUACACUCUCGAGUGAAUACGCUGUUACCUCAGCAGUCCGCAAUCGACGCAAGCUGGCCUACAGACUGCGCCCUGGCUCUGUGUGAAUUCCUUUCACCUCGAACAUCGCCAACAACAUGUCCAUUUUUCUAACCCUUCGCACCACAUGGCACGCUCUUGCGCUGAGCAGUUGCGUGUGGGGAUUCUCCAAGCUUUCUGUUUUCGAGGCGCUCGCCGAGGCCGACACUUCCCACGAGUACGGCGGACACUAUCAAUUCCUCACGGUCUGCUCCCUCGCUGCAACGGUCUUAGCCAUGUCGGUUGCCCUGCUGCUUGACUUCCACGAUGCGCUACUGGGUGGAGGAACUGCCAACAGCGGGCUGCGAGGGAUUCUCACAUUUUUGAAGGCUCUCACAAGUGUCGUCGCAAUGCCAGUCGAAACUCUCGUGUCGAUAUUGUUUUGGUCGAUCUUUACCUAUGACCCUAAUUUGCUUGUCCCGCCGAUUGAGCGCUACGACCCUCAGAGUCCAGGGCUGGCAAUAAAAGUACCCGUAAAGAUUCCAAUCGAGAUCGAUCUGGCGCUUCACGCCGCUCCUUCCCUCUUCCUGCUGGUCGACUAUCUCGUCUUCAGUCCGCCAUUUUUUAAGAGCAUGAAGCCUGCUGCUGUCAGCACGACACUGACAAUCGCAUACUGUGUCUGGGUGGAGCGCUGCGCGUUCAAGAACGGGCACUUUCCUUAUCCGCUGCUCGACCCUCUGACUGACGCUCAGCGCUACGGGCUUUAUGGCCUCUGCGCGUUGAUCCUCGUCGGUGUUCUCACCGCCACACAAGCACUGCACACGGUGCUCGAUCGGGAUGUCUUUGAACGCACGUGGCCGCAGAAAGUGGAGGGCGAGCAGCAAGGGCUGCACGCCAAAGCGAAAGCGACAGCCAAGGAGGCAUAGAUAUGGAGCAACAGACAGAGCUCCGCAGAUGCACAAUUUGUAUGGAUUCGGUAUGUAUUGCAAAUGAAGACAAUGACACAGAACGCGAAAAAUGUAAUGCAU